AUGAGUGGCACAGCCGAGGAAAACACUGGCGGAGGCGGCGCAGCUCGAGUGGUGGUGGUCGAGCGCGUGGUGACGGUGGAGUACCUGGAGCCGUCCAUGUCGCGGGAGCUGCUGGGCAAGUUCCCGGACCCCUCCGCCUUCGACUUCGACUACUCCCAGAGCGGCAUCUGGUCCCCGCUCAACAAGGUCCCGCGCGGCGGCGCGUGCGAGGAUGAGGCCACCAACUCCUCGACCGACUUCCUCAUCGCCAACCCGAAGCGCAGGGCGCGGGCCGGCGGCCGGCUCAAGGACUAG